UCUAGGAUGCUGCUGCUUUUCUGGAUUUUAGCAGGAGGUGAAUUUCUACUGCUGCUAUUUUUUUUUUUUAAUACAACAGCAAACCUGUAAUAAUGAAUUUAGUUUCAAAGGGUAAGAAUCUUUAUCUUUGCACAGCUGUUUUAAUGUUCUUUUCAGUUCCUCCAUCCUUCGUCCAGCCUCCUCUCCCUCUCUCUCUCCCAGUCCACAUGUCAGCUGUCCCCGAUUCUUGGCAUUUCCUGCCCUUGUCCCAGGCCGAGUUGACCCCUCUCUUCUCCAACUCCAGCCCGUUCUCAUUUUCCCAGAGUCUGCUCAUGGUGUCUCCAUCCAACCAGGCCUCCAGAGCAAACCUCAAGGCCUCUUUUGGUCCUUACUCAGUUCUACAGCCUUUAUCGGAUCUUGUCCUCCCUCUGUCCGUUCCUCUGACUACAUCCCUCCUGUCAGAGCAUGUGGAGAGAGAGAUGGAUCAGGAAGGUCAGGAGAGGUUCAGGGUGAGGGUGCUGUUCCAUACGUCAGGUGACGGCAGCAAUCAAAACACCUGUGUCACUCUGCACGCCUUCAAGGAGACCGAGGAACUCAAAGGAUCCUGUUCUACGCAGCCUCCUCUUGGAUUUUGCAUUGUAACGUUGACGCUGCCCAGUGACUGGUUCAAAGAUCAGCACACCGGCCAAUCACAUCAUGGUUUGAACAAGUGGUUUAGAUACAUCCAAAACCAUCACCAUGUACAGAAGCAGCAUCGCCACAAAUCUCACAAACACCAGUGGAACCCCAUAAGAAACCAAGUACAGCUUUACCUGUCCUACACCUCAAGGGCCAGCCGACAGCUGACAGUACGUGGGUGUGCAGAGGACAGGAUUUCUCAGUCCCAGCAGCAGCUCUUCUAUAUCAAAGCUGUGAGUCUGAGGGAUCAGAAGAAUAACCAGCAAAACGGCACCAAAGAAGAAGAAUUCUGUCUGAAUGGACAGAAAGAGGAGGAGCUUAACUUGGAUUCCCACGUCCUGAUUUGCUAUCACAGGGGGCCGGUCCUUAUAGGACAGCCAAUCAGGGUGUCUGUGAAUGUUAGGGCCAACUUCAGUGCAGAAUUGGUUGUUGUAAGGUUAAAGGUCAGAAAGGGUUUAGUGCUGAUGGUGGCCCAACGUACUUUGACCUCUGACCUGUGGGCAGUCACCCUGGAGAGGACCCAAAGCUCCCAACAUGACGUGGUUUCUAUACUCUGCCGCAAACACAAUCAGUUCAAGCAAACACACAAUUCCACUCUCCUCCAACAGAUGGCGUGUUUGUCAAUUAAUGGCCUCAGGAGGAGUUUUGGCAUUGCCAUCUCAGUUUCAGUUAACUGGUGGGUGGAGUAUGGCGGACGCAGUAACCAUCCAUCUCCACACGGGGUAGCAGUGAGCAUCUUCUCGUUCACUGAUAGACAUAUCAGUGGUAUUGCUCCCAUCACAAAGAGUAAUGUGAUUGUCAACACAGCCAUACUGACCAAUCAACCUGUGUCGCUUUCUGUCAUCGUCCUGGCUGUCGGCCAUGAUGGGAAGGUGUUCGAUGUCACCGCAGCAGUCACAUGUCACUCUACCAACGAGAACACCAUCAAGGUGUCCACUGAUUGCUCCACACUCUUUGUGGAUGGCAGUGAAUCAGGUUUGGGCAACACCUGUGCAGUGGUGGAGUUUCACCUGGGUGCCCUCAGUGGUUCCGUCUGUCUACAGGUGUGGGUCCCAUCAGUGCCGUUGCGAGUGUCCCUGGUAGACCCUGUCCUCAAUGCCAUCGACGGCUGGAAACACUUCACAGGAAAAGGGUGUGAGCCAGUGUACCAACGCACUUCAGUCCAGGUUCUGACUCAGUUCACGGCUCAGGACUCGCACAGUCAGACCACAGACCUCCUACGCUCCUCUGAUUGGUUCGUAGAUGUGACAGAGCUCGUCAGCGACUGGCUGAGAGUUGAGGACCUGCAUGUGGCAUCCCUUGGUCAUCAGAAUAUUCUGAUUGGGUUACAGCCUGGAAGAACAUCCGUAUAUGUUGUUUCUGAGCAGUGGGAUGGCGUACUCGGCAGCUGUGAGGUCAUUGUGACCUCUGACUCGGUUUCCACCGGUGAUCUUUCUCUGCAAGUGGUUAGUGGCCUUGGCAUGUCAGUCAUGGCCAGCCCCACCCACCCAUCUGUUGUUACAACAACAGUAACUGCACACAACAUCCUACACGACCAAUACCAGGAGGCAUCCACCUGCAUCUGGCUCCAGUUCAGUGAUGACACCGCCGCCCUCCUGUCCUCCUUUAGUGACAUUCCCUACUCCCACCGUCUCACCUCUUUGGCUGAGACUGUAGUUGUUGUGACUCCCGGUCACAGCCAGCGGAUUUUCGCCCAGGGUGACGGAGGUGGGCCUUUACUGCUUGCAGAACUUGUGGUUUCAAGCUGUGUUGAGCAACCAAUCAUCUUCAACGCUUUAACCGAAGCACAGAGAGAAAGAACUGAAGGAGGAGCAGGAGGAGUGGGGACAAGGAUCCUUGCAAGGGGAUCUGGUUGGAUCAGAGUCAAUCUGGGCUUGGGCUUCCUGGAAUCAGCAGGGGACAAGGAUGAAGAAGGUGAGCAGUUUGAAUAUGACUUAGUGGACGCUCUGGUCGAAUCAGACGGUGACAUCUAUGCAUCAAAUUUGGAAACCAGAGAGAGCGAGAAUGUCAACGGUGUCAACAACUUUGACAAAGUCAGUAAGAGAAACCAGAAGGAUGCUAGCAAGUGGGGACAGACCAACCGAAACAAACUAGAAAGAGCCGUGCUGAAGCAGAGCCAAGAGGAGAGCUCCGUGUACUUCUCUCCAAAACAAGAGGAAGGAGGAGAUGGGUGGAUGAAGGAGAGAGAGGAGGAGAGGCCGGGAGCUGGAGAGGUAGAAGUGGGUGUGGGUGCUGUCCUCUCUCUCUGCUCGCUCUUUGCUGUCCUCUUCCUGGCAAACUGUCUGCCCUGCAUUCUCAGAGACAAGAGAAAGAGAAAAACACAGGAGAGGGACAUAGAAAUCCACCGUUGUACUACGGAAACAACUGGGGAGGUGCAGAUGAAGAAAUGCAGAGGAGUGGAAGAAGACAGACACCGGUGA